AUGGACCACCGCGAGAUCACGCUGGAGGCGGACAAAAUCCACCAAAACCGCCUGUCAAGUGUCACCGAGGACGAAGAAGAGCAAGAUGCAGCGUACACCAUAGUGACGGUCCUGGACAAAGUGGCCAACAUUGUGGACAGCGUGCAGGCGAGCCAGAAAAGGAUAGAGGAGAGGCACAGGGAAAUGGAAAAUGCCAUCAAGACCAUACAAAUCGACAUCUUAAAGCUUGCCCAGGCUCACGGCAACACCGGCUAUACAGUGAACAAGCUGCUGGAGAAAACCCGCAAAGUCAGCUCCACCAUGAAGGAAGUGCGGGCACGGGUGGAAAGGCAGAGCACCAACGUGCGGAAGGUGGAGGCAAAGCAAGAGGAGAUGCUGAAGAAAAACAAAUUCCGGGUUGUGAUCUACCAGGAGGAAACUGAGUGUCCUUCAUCUCUCUCUGUUAUCAAAGAAAGGACAGCAGGUGAAACUCUAGAGGAUGAUUUCAUCCCACCCGAUGACCUCUCUUCUGAUGAAGAAUACUAUAUUGAAGAAGGCAAAGCAGCCCAGUUCAAGAAAUCGGGCAUGAGGCGCAUAGAUGAUAUCAAAAAGGCAUUUUCAAGGGAAAAUAUCCAAAAGACGAGGCAAAACUUUGGCAAGAAGGUAAACAGGCUUCGAACUAGAAUAGUGACCCCUGAGAGAAGAGAGAGGAUCAGGCAGUCAGGAGAGAGACUGAAACAAUCUGGGAUAAGGUUCAAGAAAACCAUUUCACAAGCUGCCCCCACAAAGGAGACGUUCAAGAUCCACAAAAAAAGUAAAGAGCGAACAGUAGCCGAAGGUCAGGAGGGAAGCCAGGAAGCCGGCGUGCACAUAGCCUCCGAGCUCGCAGCAGCAGAGCCCUUCACUGAAGAAAUCUCCUACACAGAAGUGAUCACUAAGGUAAAGAAAGACAAGAGCAGCGCAACAAAAGGUGCUUCCCAGCCAGCUGAAAAGGGAGCGAUGAUCCCCGAAGCCGUUCUUAAGCAGGAAGGAAAAGAAGGAGGAGGAGGAGGUGACGAUGUACCCUUGCUGGACCUAAAGCAAUCAGCAUAAGGAAUUAAUUACCAAACACCCCAUGCCAUCCUUACUGAAUAAGAGAGAAU